AUGAAUGUGGUUCCACGAGUAUGCACCAUUUGCGAGCGAUACCAAAAAAUUGGAAAUUAUUAUGGUGUGCCCGCGUGCUGCGCGUGUAAAAUGUUCUUCAAACGAGCCAUUGCCGAUAAUGAAAUGACUUCUCACGCCAUACCAACAAAAUCAUGUAGAAUGCAAUGUCGAGAAUGCCGUCUCUUCCGCUGUGUGGAAAAAGGAAUGUUCAUCAUCCCGGAAAGCACUUUCAAUGUCAAUAAUUAUGACAAAUUAACGAGUCUUCUGGUGAAUCUCGAGCACAUGCAGGUUGUCCGAACAAACAAGCUAGAGACUAUGCAUAUUUUCACAAACCCAUCAAUAGAAGAAAUCGCUUGGAAUGGAAGACCAAAGUUCGAAAAACGACCCAAAGAUAUGACUAUGGAUGUUACCGAAUGGUCUUUUAUGUGUGGCAUAACGGCAAUCGAUUAUGCUCUGAAUUUUCCUCAUAUCGCAGAAUUGGCGGUUUAUGAUAGGAAACUUAUUUUACGAAACUGCUUUUUCUACUUGGCACUUUUAUCCGAUGCACUUCGAGCAGUUACCAACAAGCAAGACAGUUUGUCUUUUCCCGAUGGUAGCGAUGUUAUUCCGCCGAACACUGACGAAGUCAGCGAUGAACUCAAAAAGCGUAUCAGGAUAACUCUGGUUGGCAGAGCUUGUGAGCUUCAAAUCACCAAAGAAGAAACUUACUUGUUGUCCACGAUAAUUAUGAGCAAUCCAUCUGUUGCUGACAUUUCACCUGCUGCUCGAAAGUCACUUGAGACGAACCAACAAAUUUAUACAUCCGCUCUUUUUCAAUUAUGUCAAGCCAAGAAUGGAGCUUCCGGACCAUCACGCUUUGUCGACCUCUUGUCAUUGUGUCACAAAUUGGAAAACACGCAAGCAUGUUUUGGGUAUCUCUCGAUGACAUGCGCUCAAAAUAGAAAUCCAGUAUGUAUGAAGAAACUAUUCGAUCAUUAA